AAUAAAAAAACCGCCGGAGAAGGAACCAGAACCAGAACAGACCAGAACAACGAGAGCUCGGGGUCAUGGAGCCGGAGAAGCCCGAGGCGACGGCGAAGCAGCCGAUGGAGGCGGAGGCCGGAGACCCGGUGGAUCCGCGCGAACUAGUGUCCAGCGACGACGAGAUAGACUACUCCGUCGAGCCCGAGUUCUACGACCCCGACCUGGAUGACGUCGAUGAGCGGUGGAUUAAUAGGCAGAGGAAAGGCCGCACAUCUGAUGCCGUGCUCAGCUGCCCAGCAUGUUUCACUACCCUAUGCUUGGAUUGUCAGAGGCAUGAGAAGUAUGUAAACCAGUACCGCGCGAUGUUUGUGCGCAACUGCAAGGUCAAGACUGAUCAGAUCUUACGUGAGGGCAAGAGCAAGAGGAAAAACCGCAAGGGGAAGGCUGCUGAUCCUUCUACUACUACAUCAGAGGCUGAAAGCAAGGGACAAACUUAUCACCCUGUCUGUUGCGAGGUCUGCUCAACUGAGGUUGGAGUGUUUGACGAGGAUGAAGUCUACCACUUCUUUAAUGUCAUCCCUAGCAACUCCUGAAUUCUUUUUUUUUUCUCUCCCGAAAAGACGCAACUCCUGAAUUCCGGUGGUGAUGUUCUGGGAAUUGCUGCUGUAGAAGUUUGUCAAUCCAUAUACACUGUGGUUGUAUGUGAUCCUAUUUAGUCUUUGUGUCGAUAUAAUCACUCUGUAACGUCAUGCUUCAGUAGUUCAGUACGCUCUGUUGCUCUUUGUUCUGAAGGCAUGCAUGUUAUAGUGGCGCUUAA